UUUGCUCUUUGCAAUCCGAAGAAGGGGCGUCACACGUUUCCUGUUUGUCUCCGCGAGCGCUCAGUCGUCUUGCGGGCUGUGUGCUUCUUACAUUUGCUUACUUACUUGUUUUGUUUCCAGUGGAAGAAGAGAAGAAAACAAAGACGCCAAGAUGCCGCGUAUUAUGAUAAAAGGAGGCGUUUGGCGCAAUACGGAGGAUGAAAUCCUCAAGGCUGCGGUGAUGAAAUAUGGGAAAAAUCAGUGGUCCCGUAUCGCCUCUUUGCUGCACCGCAAGUCGGCCAAGCAGUGCAAAGCCCGAUGGUACGAAUGGCUGGACCCCAGCAUUAAGAAAACAGAGUGGUCCCGAGAGGAGGAGGAGAAGCUUCUUCAUCUGGCCAAGCUGAUGCCCACCCAGUGGAGAACCAUCGCGCCCAUCAUAGGCCGCACGGCCGCCCAGUGCCUGGAGCAUUACGAAUAUCUGCUUGACAAGGCGGCACAGCGAGACAACGAGGAGGAAGUAGGAGAGGACCCCAGGAAGUUGAAGCCGGGAGAGAUCGACCCCAACCCCGAGACCAAACCGGCCCGGCCGGACCCCGUGGACAUGGAUGAAGAUGAACUGGAGAUGCUGUCUGAGGCCCGAGCUCGACUGGCCAACACGCAGGGCAAGAAGGCCAAGCGGAAGGCCAGAGAGAAGCAGCUGGAGGAAGCCAGGCGUUUGGCGGCGCUGCAGAAGCGCCGAGAGCUCCGAGCGGCGGGCAUCCAUAUCGGCAAGAAGAGAAAGAAGAAGCGAGGCGUGGACUACAACGCUGAGAUCCCCUUUGAAAAGAAACCCGCCUCUGGCUUCUACGACACCAGCAUGGAGAUUUACGACCCGCUGGCGCCCAACUUCAAGCGUCUCCGGCAGCAGCACUUGGACGGCGAGCUGCGCAACGAGCGCGAGGACCGAGACCGCAAAAAGGACAAGCAGAAGAUCAAGAAGAAGAAGGAGAGUGACCUGCCCUCCGCCAUCCUGCAGACCAGCGGCGUUGCCGAGUUCACCAAGAAGCGCUCCAAACUGGUCCUGCCUGCGCCGCAGAUCAGCGACGCCGAACUGGAGGAAGUGGUGAAGAUGGGCGUGGCCAGCGAGGUGGCCCGCCAGGCGGCCGAGGAGAGCGAGAGCGCCAACGGCGCCUCCUCGGCGCUGCUCUCCGAGUACAGCGUCACCAACAACAUGAGCGGCGCGCUGCGCACGCCGCGCACGCCCGCCACUCAGGAUCGGAUCAUGCAGGAAGCUCAGAAUCUGAUGGCGCUGACCAACAUCGACACCCCGCUGAAGGGCGGCCUGAACACGCCGCUGCACGAGAGCGACUUCAGCGGCGUGACGCCCCAGCGGCAGCAGGUGCAAACCCCCAACACCGUGCUCAGCACCCCCUUCAGAACUCCUGGCCACGGCCAAGGGUCGGAGGGCAUGACCCCGCAAGCGGGCGAGGCCUUGACGCCGCGCGGGUCAGCGACGCCCGGCCUGACACCCGCGCGCACGCCGCUCAGGGACAAACUGAACAUCAACAGCGAGGAGCAGCUGGCUGACCCGUCCUACGCCAAACAUCUGCACCGCGAAAGUCUGCAGCAACUGAGGCAGGGCCUGAUGUCACUUCCUGUGCCCAAAAACGACUUUGAGAUCGUCCUGCCGGAAAAUGCCGAGAAAGAACUGGAAGAGACCGAAAUGGAGGUCGGCUACGUGGAGGACGCCGCCGACGUCGAGGCCCGCAAGCAGGCCCAACGCGACGCGGAGAGGGAGAAGGAGCUCAAGCUGCGACACGCUGCCGUACAGCGCCACCUGCCCAGACCCGCCGAGGUGAACGAGUCGGUGCUGCGGCCGGCCUCCAUGGAGCUGAACGACCUGCAGGUGGCCGAGGAGCUGAUCAAGCAGGAGAUGAUCACCAUGAUGCACUACGACUGUCUUCACCACCCCGCGGCCGGCGGGCAGCUGCAGCGCGCCAAGGCCCGAGGACCCGCGUCCGCGUCCAACAACGCCCUGCACAUCGCCUACCUGGACGCGCACGCCUACAACGCUGUCAGCACCGAGGACAUGGACAAGGCCAAAGCGAUCCUGGCGGCCGAGAUGGAGGUGGUGAAGGUGGGCAUGGGCCACGGAGACCUCAGCAUGGAGGCCUACUGCCAAGUCUGGGAGGAAUGCUACGGCCAGGUCCUGUACCUGCCAGGACAGAACAGGUACACCCGAGCCAAUUUGGCAACCAAGAAGGAAAGGCUCGAGAGUGUGGAGAAGAAACUCGAAGUGAACCGCAGUCACAUGACAGCAGAAGCGCGCAAGGCGGCCAAACUGGAGAAGAAGCUCAAGAUCCUCCUGGGGGGCUUCCAGUCCCGCGCGCUCGGCCUCCUCAAGCAGCACAACGAACUCUGGGAGCAGGUGGAGCAAGCGGCCACAGAGCUGGAGACCUUCAGUCAGCUGAAGAAACAAGAAGACACCGCCAUUCCCAGAAGACUCGAGACGCUGCGCGAGGACGUGGAGCGUCAGAUGGACCGAGAGCGGGAACUCCAGCAGCGCUACGGCGAACUUGUGAUGGAGCGGGACGCCCUGGUCAACAGCGCUCAGAAGUUCUGAGCAACGGUGAACGCAUCCUUUUUAUCGUGUCUGAGAUGAAAUCCAUUAAAGUGAGUCCAAGUGUUCCAUGCA